AUGUCGUGCAACCCCUCCUUCGGCGGCAUCGGGAAGGGGCACCUCAUGCGCGAGGUGGACGCCCUGGACGGCUUGUGCGGCCGCGUCUGCGACCGGUCCGGCGUGCACUCCAAAGUGCUGAACCAGAUCGAUCGGCGCCUCUACAAGGGCAACAUGCAGAGAGAGAUCCUUAAUACACCACUGUUGACAGUUCAUGAGGCAUCCGUGGAGGAUCUUCUCUUGACAGAGCCAGAACCAGACCAUCCUGGGAAAUGCCAAGUGACAGGAGUCGUUCUGGGGGAUGGGAGCAGAGUGCGUGCUGGGAGUGUCGUCCUUACCACUGGUACGUUUCUGAGGGGGAUGGUUGUCAUCGGACUGGAGAUGCAUCCGGCUGGGCGGCUUGGAGAUCAGCCAGCUCUCGGGCUAGCCCAAACUCUGGAGAAACUGGGAUUUGCUGUGGGUAGGCUGAAGACUGGGACGCCGCCCCGACUGGCCAAAGAUACGAUUGACUUCAGUGGUCUGGAGAAACGUACAGCUGACAACCCUCCUGUGCCGUUCAGCUUCCUCAGCAAGGCUGUGUGGAUCAAGCCAGAAGAUCAGCUACCAUGUUACCUGACUCACACUAGCACCAAAGCUGAGCAAAUUAUACAGGAUAACCUUCACCUGAAUGACCAUGUAAGGGAGACAACAAAGGGGCCUCGAUACUGUCCCUCUCUUGAAUCGAAGGUCCUGCGCUUCCCAAACCGCAGACAUCAGGUGUGGUUGGAGCCCGAAGGCUUGGAGUCCAAUGUCAUUUACCCGCAAGGCAUGUCAAUGACACUGCCACUGGAGCUCCAGGAGCAGGUGAUCAGAUCCAUCCCGGGCUUGGAGAAAGCCACAGUGUUACAGCCAGGCUAUGGGGUACAAUAUGACUUUCUAGAUCCCCGUCAGCUGACAUCUUCUCUUGAGUCUCGUCUCGUUCAGCGGCUCUUCUUUGCAGGGCAGAUAAAUGGCACUACAGGCUACGAAGAAGCUGCAGCUCAGGGCGUGAUUGCUGGGAUCAAUGCUUGCCUGCGGGUUCAUGGCAAACCCCCUUUCAUUGUCAGUCGCACCGAGGGCUACAUUGGUGUCCUGAUCGAUGACCUUACCACUCUGGGCACCAGCGAGCCGUACCGGAUGUUCACCAGCCGCGUGGAGUUCCGCAUGUCCCUCCGGCCUGACAAUGCCGAUGCCAGGCUCACGCAAAGAGGUUUUGAGGAAGCUGGAUGUGUGUCUCAGGAGCGAUAUGAUCAAGCAGUUAAGAUGAGGGCUGCUUUAGAGGAUGGAAGUGCAACACUGAAGUCCCUUCAGUUCAGUAUAUCCAAGUGGUCCCAGUUAAUACCCGAAGUUCCCAUUAGCAGCAGUCGAAAGUCACCUGUCAGUGCCUUUGACAUCCUUCGGUAUCCGGAGGCCAGCAUGGAGAUUCUAGCAAGGGCUAUCCCAGAGCCCCUGGGAAAGCUCGUUCAGUGGAGAGAACUGGCAGAGAGGUUGAAAAUAGAAGCUGCUUACGAGUGGUGUGUAGUGAAUCAGCAGCAGGAAAUGGAAGAAGUGCGCCGUGACGAAGCCCUCCGACUGCCAGAGGACCUAGAUUACUUUGCCAUUGAUGCAUCUUUGUCAGCAGAGGUGCGGGAGAAACUGGACUCUAACCGUCCUCAGACGAUCGGUGCAGUCAGCCGCAUCCCUGGAAUUACACCAGCUGCUAUUCUUAACCUGCUAAGAUUCGUGAAGACCAAUUACCAGAAGACAAAGAAAGUAAAAGACUUACCUCGGGCUGACAGGUACUUGCCAGGGAAAAUGUUCCUGGAGAAAGCAACUUCCCAAACACAGACUGCAGCAGAGCUUUCUGAAGAGCAGCCAGAGAGUAGCCUCGUUAAAACACCUUUGUAGAGAAGUAUAUCCAUCCUCCCACGAUACGUGACACGAUCACCUUUCCUCAUAAGCCUGUUCCAAGAUGGAAAGGAUGCUGGCUGGAGCAAAAGGAGUUCUAAUUGUGUCCUGUGGCAGCGUCACUGAGUAGAAUGAAGAUGAUGAACGUGCCAUCCUUCUGUAAGCGCUCGGGAAUCUAAAUACAGCCCAUGAGAUCGCCAAUUCAAGUAAAAAGACAGAAGAAUUGCUUUUAGAAUUCCGCUUACUUGGAAGAUGGCAGAUAACCAAGAUCUGUUGAAAACCAUCUUGAAAGGAAGGUGUUUUGCUCUUCCAGUAUGAUAACAUCUCGUAUCCAUUCAGAACCCACAGUUGCACAAGAUGAUUGGAGUUGGAAAGCGUGCUCCAUUGACUUCAGUGCUCAUUUAGAGCUGUGCCGUGACUAUAAUGUCUACUGUUUGUGUGAUGUUAGCCAAUAGGAAACACUUCGCUGUGACAGUACGUUUGCCAUAUGAAUAUUGAAGACUAAAUAGCAGACUGGUUGAAUGUAAAUGCUGUAACAUGUUUUGGUUUUUUCCUUAUUCUCCAUUAAAAUAAAUACAACAUCUUCAAACUG